AUGCUGCACAACAAUGCCCUACUUUUUGGUAAUAGCAAGAUCAGAGCAGAUUCAGUUGCCUCGGAAUGCCUAGAACCCCUUAUAUCACUGAUGCAGUCUAGUUCUGAGACAACAAUAGAAUCUGGGAUUUUUGCUUUCGAGAGAUGGUUGGAAGAUGAGCAUCAGGCAGAGCUUGCAACAGCCUUUAAUGUUGUGGAUCUCCUUGUCAAGUACAGAGUUCAGUUCCCCUCUUCAAUAUUGACGUUCUUGCUAGAAGAGAUAGGCAACGAUUGCAACAAUAUUUGUGAUCAAGGCUGCCAUGUUUCGUUUGUAGACAAGGUGUAUGAUGUGGAGUGUGAAAGUAACCAUGACAAUGGUCCUGUAUGCGAACAUGGUGUGUGGAGAGGAUCCUCCAAGCUUGUAUCAAUGUGCAGCCAAAAGGGUACAAAAGGAGUUAAUCAAGAUGCGUUGACAGUUUGGGAGGACUUUACUGGAGAAAAAGGCAUGACCUUUUGUGGUGUGUUUGAUGGUCAUGGUCCUCUAGGACACAAGUUUGCACAGUAUACACGUGACAAUCUACCCUCAAAACUCUCUGCAGCAAUCAAACUGUCACAACAACAAAAGGUCCUCAAACACUAUGAUUCUAAUGCUACAUACACAGGCAUUAAUGGUGAGGAUAACCAAAACAUGUCCUUUGCUUCAUGGGAGGGAAGCUUUGUGAGGUCCUUCAAGGAAAUGGAUGAAGACCUUGCUAGAAACAUUGACACUAAUUAUAGUGGUGGAAGCACUGCAGUAACAGUAAUUAAACGGGGUGACCAGCUUAUAGUUGGCAAUUUGGGGGAUUCUCGAGCAGUUCUUUGCACAAGAGGGGAUGAUGACCAGCUCAUUCCUGUUCAACUUACUGUUGACUUCACCCCAGAUAUUCCAAGUGAAGCUUCAAGAAUAAUUAAUUGUGGAGGUAGAGUUUUUGCUGCAGAAGAAGAUCCAGGUAUAAACAGAUUAUGGAUGCCUGAAGAUAAUUGCCCAGGAUUAGCUAUGUCAAGAGCCUUUGGAGAUUUUUGCCUCAAAGAUUAUGGCCUCACCUCAGUUCCUGAUGUCUCUUCUAGAAAACUUACCAAGAAGGAUGAAUUUGUGGUUUUGGCUACUGAUGGGGUAUGGGAUGUGCUAACAAACAAUGAAGUAAUAAAAUUAGUUGCUUCAGCACCAAAUAGAUCCAUAGCAGCCAAAUUAUUAGUAAAGCGUGCUACAUGGGCUUGGAAAAUUAAGUAUCCUCGUUUCAAGGUUGAUGAUAUUGCAGUCAUAUGCUUUUUUCUGAAUGAUCUACCUGUUUCCACUCACUACCAAUCCAAUGUAAGUGGGGACAAUUAA